AUGAAGCGGUACAGUGGUUGGCGUAGACAGACCAAGAAAAAGAUUCAGCGCCGACAUUUGACAGCAACCGGUGGUGGUGCGGCUCUCAAUUUGAAGUGGCUGCCCUGGGAGGAAGUUAUAAAAAGGCACAUAAACCCUGUCAUGGUCCAAGGAGUUCGAGGAGGUGUGGACUCCACCUCUCCUGCUGGUUUUCCCGAGGAGGAAGAACCGCCCAGAAGACGGAAGACGGCGGGAGCCCAGCAGCCCAAAAGGAGAGGUGUUGACACGCCUGCCCAGAGGACAUCACCUGCGCGCAGACCAUCACCUGCGCACCGGACAUCCCCAGUGCGCAGACCAUCACCUGUGUGCCAAACAUCACCUGAGCGCCGGACAUCACCAGCGCGUAGACCAUCACCUGCGCGCAGACCAUCAACUGCACACUGGACAUCACCUGCACGCAGACGAUUACCUGAACGCAGACUAUCAUCAGCGCACAGACUAUCACCUACACGCCGGACAUCAUCAGCGCCCAGACCAGCACUUGUGCGCCCAACUUCAAAAGUACGCAGUACAUCACCUGCGUGCAGGGCAUCCCCGGCUCGUGAUCAAUCCUCCAGGAGCUCCGAGACUGUGACCCAACAGCCUCAAGCAGACAUCACCCUUGUGGGCACAUCACCUGACCUGUUUGAGUCAACAUGGUUAACCGAGGAGACAUUUCUAGGGUUUGAUGACAGCCAUGCCGAUGCAUCCAGUCAUACCCAAGAAAAGUCUCCAGAUUUGAGGCCCAGAGAAGCUCCUGGAGCAGCGGCACCACAGGAUGCAGAAGAGGUGCCAUGGACCAGCAGCAGAUUUGCGUCAGGGAUUGGCCCCUACUUCAGGCCGGAUCUGUUACAGGAAGAGUCGGAAGACAAGGUGGAAGUGCAGCAGCCCGCAGUUUCUACAUCCUUGUCUUCACAAAUGCAAUUGGUGGCAGACAUUCAGCAAGGGCAGGGUCCCUCAAGGAUUCAGAGGAUAAACGGUAAAAGGUUAAAAAAGGAGAAUAUAGGUCCAUUAAAAGAUGAAUUAGGAGAAUUGAUAAAUGAUGACGAAAUAAAAGCGGAAAUACUGAACAAAUUCUUUUCAUCAGUAUUCACCAGUGAAGAACUGAUGGUGGAAGUAGAGCAUAACAAUUGUGACAGUAAUGAUUCAUGGUUAGAUACUUGUUUAAGCGAAGAUGUAGUCCGGGAGAGAUUAAGCAAAAUGAAGAUUAAUAAAUCACCUGGUCCUGAUGAACUUCAACCGAGGGUUCUUAUGGAGCUUAGUUCACAAAUAGCACGACCCCUAUACUUGAUUUUCAAUAGUUCAAUUAGAUCAGGCAUGGUACCGAAGGAUUGGCGUACAGCUGAGGUAGUGUCAUUAUUUAAAAAGGGAUCCAAAAAUCUUCCGGGAAACUACAGACCAGUUAGUUUAACAUCUAUAGUGGGGAAAAUAUUGGAAGGAAUUCUAAGGGAUGGCAUACAGGAGUAUCUACAGUCCGCUAGGAUUAUUAGCAAGAACCAGCAUGGGUUUGUGAGGGACAGGUCAUGUCAGACUAACUUAAUUAGCUUCUACGAGGAAGUGAGCAAUAAUCUUGAUCAAGGAAAAGCAGUGGAUGUGGUCUUCCUAGAUUUUGCAAAAGCCUUCGAUACAGUUCCUCACAGAAGACUGAUGAUCAAAUUAAAGGAGCUUGGCCUAGGAAAAACUAUUUGCACAUGGAUAAGCAGCUGGUUGGAUAGCAGGCUACAGCGAGUAGUGGUCAACGGGAAGUCCUCAACCUGGUCCCCAGUAGUCAGCGGAAUACCACAAGGGUCCAUACUCGGACCACUACUGUUCAACAUAUUUAUCAAUGACCUAGAAAUAGGCCUGGAAAGCACUGUGUCAAUCUUUGCAGAUGAUUCUAAACUGUGUAAGGUAAUUAAUUCAGAAUUGGAUGUGGAGUCCUUGCAGAAUGAUCUAUCUAAACUUGAACUCUGGGCGUCUAAAUGGAAAAUGAGGUUCAAUACAGACAAAUGCAAGGUUAUGCAUUUUGGGACUAAAAACAAACUUGCAUCCUACAUAUUAAAUGGGGAACGCCUAGGGGUAACAGAGUUGGAAAAAGAUUUGGGGGUAUUCAUUGAUAAUAGGCUUAAUAACCAUACACAAUGUCAAAACGCAGUAAAGAAGGCAAGUAAGGUACUAGCAUGCAUAAAAAGGGGAAUUGAGACAAGGGACCUGGAUGUAAUCAUGCCACUGUAUAAGGCAUUGGGCAGCUUUAGCUUUAUCCAGGGGGUUUACCUAUUUGUCAGUGAUGAUCCCCACUGCUUAAUACAUCUGCCCCAGGCAGAGAAGUCACCAUUAUCAGUAGACCCAGGAGAGAGAGAGAUACAAAGGCAGAAGGAGAGGGCAGGAGUGUAUGGGAUGUUGGGGCUCGGAGAUAUUGCCAAUGGAGUGGGUGAUAGUGACAGAAGACAAGAAGAUGAUAAAAAUGAUUAUAAAAAGAGUGAGUGGAGAUCAUUGGAUGAACAGAUGAGAGGGGUAUAUUAA